AUGAGACGGGGCAGAAUAAGCGAGCAGGGCCCCGGCGAUGUCGAGGACGAUUGCGAGGGUUCUUCGUCUUCCGAACUACGUGUUGAAGGGGGCUGCGAGUUGACCUUGAUUGAUAGGACACCUCUCGCCCGGUACUGGAUGCCACACCACUUCUCGAUGAAUCGAGGCGUCUCCCGUGCAAUCCCCGACCCCAAACCACUUGGUCAGACAACGUUUGAGUGCAGCCAUAGCAAAACUUGGUCGGGACUUGCGCCCGUCACCCCAACUCCUCGACUUGAGCUCCGCAAGGACGAAGGACAGUGGCCGAUCUGCCGUCUUUCGCGGAGUUUGGAGUUUGACACCCUCGUUUUGUCAAAGGUUUCUGCCGUGGCUUUGGUUGCCCUCGUGACCUGUAAAUUCCCGCUGUCGGGUGUUCUUGGGAAAAGGCAAAAGCCUCAACGUCGCUUGGAAACUCAAUGGCUGGUCUAA